AUGACAAUAUUCAUGAAUUCAUCAAAUCCUCUUAUUUUCCCCUGUAUUCUAGAUUGUGUUUGCUCAUAUAACCAUAUAUUAACCAAAGAUUGUUGUUGCAAAAAUUUAAAUAUAAGGUUGAUUGGGGGAAGGUUAGACUGUUUACCUUGUUUUGAUGACAUAUUAAUUGGGUGUACUGUGGACUAUGAGUAUGAUUAUUUAUCGAUGUGCAACAAAAUGUUUGAUUUUUUUUUUUCUUCUUCUUCGUUUUAUUUUCCUUUCUUUGCUUGUCUCCAAAAAUGUGCUUCGCGUGUUUCUGAAAACGUUAAUGAAAAAGAAGAAAUACCAAAACAAAACUCUUCUUGCCUUUCAACACGUCUUGCUAUAAUGUCAACAGAUUAUAAACCCAAGUUCGUUGAAUGGAUUGAAGAGGAGGCAAUCACAGCAACUCGCCGUGGUCUUAAAACAGUGGAUUUAUACAACAAGAUAUUAAAACAAUUGAGACAAUUUCCAGAUCCGAUAUGUGAUUUGAAAACCUUGAAACUGGUCAGAUUUAUUGGUGAGAAAACAGCUGAUCAACUUAGGAAGAAAGUAGUUUCUCAUUGCAAUGAGCAAGGUAUUACUGUCCCAAGAGGAUUUAUGGAAGUUGCCGAGAAACAUAGAAUAGAUAUGGAUGAGUUCACUCUGAAUCUAGGUUCUGGUGGCCUGUCUUCAAGUAAUGGUCCACCCGCUAAGAAAGCCAGAAAAUCAGCCACAGGAAGAGGAACCGCAAAAUAUAUUCCAAAACAAAGAUCAGGGGGAUUUGCCAUUUUAAUUGCGUUAUUUCUUCAUGAUAGAAACCAGAAUGGAAUGACAAAAGAUCAGAUAAUUAAACUUGCAACACCAUAUUGUGAUCGAUCGUUUACUAAUAAUGCCGCAAGCAAGGAAUACUAUUCGGCAUGGAGUUCAAUCAAUACGAUUAUUAAGCAUGAUUUGGUGAGUGUAACUGGUAGAUCACCAAAGAUAUACUUUUUAACUGAAGAAGGUAAAGUAUUAGCUGAACAAUUAAAAAAUACGGUUGGAAUUUCUUCAUCUCCAAUGACAGACAAAGUUGACCUUGAAGGAAUUGAAAGAUCAUUUGACAAUGGUGUUAGGUUUGAGUCAAGUUUCGAAGUGAGCUUUGAAGCUUCAUCACCUCUUGCGAAUUUGGCAAGUUCACCUAUCAGACGUAUCAACAACCCAGCACACAAUAACAAAUAUAUUCAACAGGUUUUGAGUAGCAAAAACAAAAUUUCUUCAGGGGUUUCAGAACUGAGUAAGCGUACACAUGACGCGGGAAACAGAAGAUUUGAUGAUACCAGAUAUGAAAUAUGGCGAAAAGAAGAUUACGACGUUGUGUUGUAUAUUGAUAACCGAGAAAUUAGAUCCGAGCAAGAGCGAGACCAUUUUCAAAGAAGACUAAGCAUGAUGGGUGUAGCAUGUGAAGUAAAAGCAUUAUCUUCGGGCGAUACUAUCUGGGUCGCCAAGAAUCGUGUCAACGGGAUGGUUGCCGUGUUAAACUAUUUGUGUGAAAGAAAACGACUUGAUGAUUUGUGUGAUUCGAUUAAAGAUGGUCGAUUUAAGGAACAAAAGAGCAGAAUGAAGAAAACAGGUAUCAAGCACUGUUAUUAUCUUGUGGAAGAAAUGAUUAGUUUUAAUGAUAAAGUCAACGAUAUUAUCGACAGUAUUCAAUCUUCGGUAGCCCAAACAAUGACCAGUGGUCGACUUUAUCUAAGGAGAUUUAGAGAUAUAGAUGAAACCACAGCAUUCUUGGCAUCCAAUACCAGAGCUAUUGAAAGUUUCAAAUCAGACUUAAUUGUUAUAAAACCCGAUGACAUCAAAAACCAACAAGAUUAUUUGGAUAUACUCACGAAGUUCAGGAACAAGUUUGAAGUUAGUAAGCAAGGUUAUGAAUGCGUUCAUUUAUUUUCAAGUUUUCAAGAUAUGAUGGGUAAAUCGAAUCAGAUGACCGUGAAAGAGAUGUAUAUGCUAAUGUUGAUGACUAUUAGGGGCGUAUCCUUGGACAAGGCAGUCGUGUUGCAAAAUAGGUUUCCUACCCCUAAAAGUUUGCUAGAGUUUUAUCACACGGAAAAUGCAAAUGCUCCAGAGGAAUACAAGAAAACUCUUAUGAUGAAAGAAUUCAAAGACCAAGUGGGUAAUAAAAAGAUCGGUAAAGCUUUGCUGGAAAAGAUUUAUGAUGUAUGGGGUAAAUAG